AUGUUUUGGAGGCGAAUUCACCCUCUUAAUUCGAUAGUUAUUCCUGAUGAGCUGAAACAGUAUCAACAGAUUAUAGACUUAGUUUGGAAUGAUCAAAUAAGAAAGAAAGAUAUCGACACAAUUGUUGAUCAACUAGUCCAAUUUUACACAAAUGGCACAAUAACUCUUGAGUUCAUCAAUAAUAUGUUUUACGUUAUCUUAGAAUGGAAACAAAGGAACGAGUUAUUAGUUUAUGAAAUUGCAACAAAAUUUUACAAAAGAACAUCAACGUAUUAUAAUGUGUUUAUUUAUUUUCAUCCAAUAUCAUUUGGGGAGAUUGAUUCUAUUUUAAUGGAUGAUGAUCUUGAAAAAAUAAUUCAAAAGGGAAAAAUUGAGGUAAAUCAAGAUCUAAUAAAUAGAGCAGCAUUAUAUGGAGCUGUCAAAUGCUUCAAGCAUUUUCUUAACAAUUUUAAAAGCAUAAACAACAAAACAAUGAUAUCAGCAAUAAAAGGAGGAAACAACGAAAUAAUAAAGAUAGUUUCACGCAAUGUUAAAUACGCCACAGCCGAAAAUUUAUUUACAGCUAUAAUUUGUCAUCGAAACAAUAUUGUAGAAGAAAUUUUAGAUGAAGAUUUUAAAUUAUUUGAAGAGAUUGUAACAAUCACACAUAUUUAUAACAUGAAUUACCAAGUUUUCAUUUUUGCAAUCAUCAACAAAAUUUAUCAAAAUGCCUUUACCAAUGCAUAUGAUUUUCUCUUAGUUGAAGAGUACCCAAUAAAAUUCUUUGAAUGCAUAAUUUCUUUGGGAUAUCGAAUAGAUUUCAUUUUUAGGCAUUUUUAUGACUCAUUUAACCUUCUUUUCGAAGCUCUAAUGAAUAAGAAAUAUGAAUUAGCUAAGUUUCUUGUUGAAAAAGGAGCUGAUGUAAAUACAGCUCUUUGUUUAUCUAAUGGAUCAACAACUCAUGAAAUAUACACUCCCUUCAGAUAUGCAGUCGAAAAUGAUGAUAUCGAAUUAGCAAAAUUUUUAUUAGACCAUGGUGCAAAUAAGGAUCAAAUAAUUGAAUCUCGAGGAUGUUUUCAUUACCGUGAAAAGUCCAUUUCUGAUUUUGCAAUUAGUAAUGAAAUGAAAGCAUUGUUAUGA